UUUAGUUUGCUUGGCAUCGUUGUGGAGUACGGUUCGUGAAGGCAACGCCAAAAGCAUCGCCAAAAUGUUGAGGAGUCCUGGGGGGCAGAAUUUGAUUUUCUUGGUGUGGGGGCUGCUGAUCGUGAUUUGUGAGGCACAGCUUUCUUCCCGUGCCGGAUCGAGUCCCAGGCGACCCUUAACGCGUCAACUGACGCCACAAUGUUCAAUACCCUACUUUCCAAACGGUGAGGCCAAAAUUCGCAACCGAGGGCGCAUGAUACGGUACGAUUGUAUGAUUGGCUUCAAGCUAAUAGGCAAUCGCUAUUCAAAUUGCCAAAAUGGACGCUGGGAUACGACGGUGCCGGUUUGCGCGAAACCUGGCUGCCCAAAGCUACCGGACGUGGAAUCGGGCUACAUAUUAUACGAAGCAAAUAAGGCCUCUGCUUGGCUGUCGUGCUUCGAACUUACGGAACUGGCUGGUGCAAAGAAUACGUACUGCAACGGGACGCACUGGGAUCGGCCAAUCGGCAUAUGCCGGCGAACCGAUGCGAUGACGCCGACAACGUGUGAUUUCGAAGCGGAAUCAUGGUGCGGCUGGACGAAUGAUGCUCUGCAUGACUUCGACUGGAAGCGCAGCGAUGGCACUCUCAAUCCCCGUGCAUUGCGUACCGGACCCAAGUAUGAUCACACAAAGAUGCAACCGAAAGCAGGCCAUUACAUGAUCGUUGAUUCAAACGAACAGUUCACGAACGAUACCGCCCGCCUGAUAUCGCCAAUAUACGAGCCGGAAUAUGGCCAGAACGCUUGCUUUCAGUUCUACUAUCAUAUGUACGGUGAAACCGUGGGUACGUUGCGGGUGUUUGUUAAACCGAUAAACAGUGAUUUGUACGAUCUUAAGCCACUGUUCGAACAGCGGGGCAACCAGAAAAAUGUGUGGCACGAGGGUAACAUCGAUAUUCCGAAGCAAGAAGAGCGGUUCCAGAUUGUGUUCGAGGCAUCGCUCGGUAAUCGGUACAAGAGUGAUAUCGCGAUCGACGAUGUGAGUUUGCUGCAGGGUGAAAUCUGCCGUGCGGGGCUAGACGAUGGUUUGGACAAUCCCGAAGAGCCACCGACGGAUGUGGCAAAGAUUCCGGUGAAGAUAGAAACCUGUGAAAACCGCUGUGGUAGCAGCAUAUUGCAUACCGUGUUUAUAAACGACACGAUCGCCCUUUGUGACUGCAAUGAGGAUUGCGUUACGAACGACACGUGCUGUCCUGAUUACCGUGAACGAUGUGUCUUUGAGGUGGUUCCGAAUGAGGAAGUUAAGCCAGCCUCAUCUACCGCAGCCACCGUACCAUCGACCUCUACUACAGUGAAAGCGGAUCCGGUGACUUUCACUACUCCUUCGAUAAGUACUACCACCACGGCUUCUACAACUAGUACUACAUCUUCUACUACGGUGACCUCAACGACCACAAAGCCAUCAACAAUCAGAACAAGUACAGCUUUGCGUACAACAUCCACCUCCACCAGAAUACCUUCUACAAGGACGACGACGACAACAACGACGACAACGACGCCAAGGACGACGACCACGAAAAGUCCUGGAAGGACCGGAUUCGUUCCGAUGACCCCACGGACACGCGUUUUGACAACAACCUCUACGGCGAAACCGAUUCCUCGGACCAUUCCAACCACAGUAGCGAUCACAGAAACCACUACCGACAGCACGACUGUAUCGGAGGCUGAACCAACGAUUUAUUCCAUUGUUAGGAACAUUGAUCUUUCUAUCGCAGCGCAGAACAUUCAGCCGGCCAAACGAUUCCCGGUAGCUUUUCUUUGGUCUGGAGCGGCAGUAUUACUAUUCGUAGCGGUUCUAGCCUUCGUCAUUUAUCAAGUGCGCCGCUCCCGUACCGAUGUACUCUCGCGGCUAAAAGAAAAGUCUCAGAAAAAGUUCGUCGAAGAUAUCCGAUUUCUGGCGGGCGACGAAGACCUGGACUUCAAUAUUACCUCGGUGAGUGAAGGGGUGGAACCACAGGAGCAGCCUGACGGCAGAAAGGGCACGGAGGGGAAGUCAAAAGUCUCAGCAGGACGAAAUCCCUCAACGGAGGAAGCGACCGAUGGUGACUCGUCGGACGACGACGGAGCUGGCGCCAACGGCAGCAAACCCAGGGGAAAGAAAUCAUACGAUAAAUACGUUAAACCUUAUGACGAGGACAUGAAGGCGACCUUACUUUGAGUGUGUGAUAAGCGAAGCAGCGGAAGAGCAAUCGUGCUGAUGCUCGCUCGGCCUCGGUCGUUUGUUGAUGGCAAAGGGUCGUCUGGUGGCAACCGCAACACCCCCGCCGCUGCGAUAACCGAUCCGUGCACUCGGGGUAGGGAAAAUACCCGCAUAACAGGAAGUGCGACGUGCAAAUGUGAGAUAAAGUUCUGGGUUCUGGCAUCUUCCAGGCCUGGUAGGGCGCAUUCUUUGUGAAACAAUCAUGGAUAGUACAUUUAAGACCUUUUUUUCUCAAGU